CUUCACCACGCGACAUUCUAGCUCUCUUCUUCCUAGUGCGCGCCGCGAGGAACGACCGACCGAACUGACCCGCCCGAACACUUUCGAGUAUACCUAGUCUGGUCCCAACCGUCUAUCCAACCCCAUCAAUAAUCAAUCAAUCUGAGCUUCACUACUCAACAGGCGCAGACGCAGACCCGGACAGAGGUCCCGUCCCGUCCCCCGACCUGACCUUGCCCUCCCUACGCAGCAGCAGCGAGCAUGCCCGAUCACCGCCUCCGAAUCGACGGGUCUUUGUUCCGUGAUGCUCACAACCGCGAGAUCAUCCUCCACGGCAUCAACAUCGCUGCCGACACCAAACUCCCCGCUUCUCCCGACUUGCCCUCCCACGUCCGCGAUCAGUUCUUCGAUGGCGACCAUGUCUCUUUCGUCAACCGCCCAUUUGCCCUGUCCGAAGCACAUACCCACUUCUCGCGUCUCAGAAGAUGGGGCUUCAACACCAUCCGCUACAUCUUCACCUGGGAAGCGCUCGAGCAUGCCGGUCCGGGAAAAUACGACGAGGACUUCAUACAGCAUACCAUCGAUGUGCUGCGAGUAGCAAAAGAGUAUGGCUUCUACGUGUUUAUGGAUCCCCACCAGGACGUAUGGUCGAGAUUUACCGGAGGAUCGGGAGCUCCCAUGUGGACGGUGUAUGCCUGUGGUCUGGAUCCGGAGAAGCUCCAGGUAGGCGAGGCGAGCAUCGUGCAGAAUACUUGGGACGAUCCCAUCACAUUUCCCAAGAUGACGUGGGCGACAAACUAUUCCCGGCUCGCUGUUCAGACCAUCUUUACCUUGUUCUUCAGCGGUAAAGACUUUGCGCCCAAAUGUGUGAUUGAUGGGGUGAACAUUCAGGACUACCUUCAGGACCACUUUGUGGGCGCUUGCAAGCACUUGGCGCAGCGAAUACGAGAAGCAGGGGAUUUGGAGGGCGAAGUUGUCAUUGGGUAUGAGACGGUCAAUGAGCCAAAUAAGGGGUAUUUUGGACAUCCGAAUCUGAUGACGAUACCGGAAGGUCAAAAGCUGAGGAAACACACGACGCCCACAGGAUUCCAGGCCAUGCUGACAGGGGCGGGGAGGGCUGUUGAGGUGGAGCUCUGGGACUUUGGCGGAUUUGGUCCCCACAAAGUCGGUACACAGUUGGUCGACCCCAAGGGCACAUCCGCUUGGUUAGAUCCCAAGAGCUGGGACGACUCGAAGUAUGGCUGGAGUCGGAGUCCUGAGUGGAAGCUGGGUGAGUGCAUCUGGGCACAGCACGGGGUGUGGGACACAAAGACAGACGAGAUGUUGAAUGCGACAUAUUUUUCAAAACACCCAAAGACUGGCGUGGCGCUCGACCAAGAAUACUGGACGAACCACGACUUUAUGGACUUCUACAAGCGAUAUCACAAUGCGAUUCGAGACGUCUGGCGCGAAGCGUUCCUUCUGAUGCAGCCCGCACCUUUCGAGAUACCACCCGAGAUCAAGGGCACGCCCGAAGGCGAUGACCCGAACAUGAUCUUUGCGUCGCACUUUUACGACGGCAUCACUCUCAUUACGAAGAAAUGGAAUCGCUGGUGGAACAUUGACGUGCUCGGAGUACUCCGAGGGAGAUAUAGCUCUCCAGCCUUUGCUAUACGGAUAGGCGAGAGUGCCAUCCGGAACUGCUUCAAAGGCCAGCUGGCUGAGGUCCGAAACGAAGGCAUACAGAACAUGGGCGUCCAUCCUUGCCUAUAUACCGAGAUUGGUAUACCUUACGACAUGGAUGAUCAGUAUGCUUACGACACUGGCGAUUACAGCAGCCAGGUCGCAGCGAUCGAUGCGAACAUGUUCGCUGUAGAAGGCAGCAGAGCACAAGGUAUGACGUGGUGGUGCUAUGCCGCGAACAAUAGUCACUACUGGGGUGACCAAUGGAACGGAGAAGACCUGUCCAUAUAUAGCGCUGACGACAAACCCCUUCCCGGACCGGCAUACAUACACGAAAACAACAGCAAGCUAUCGCUUGAUCGGAACAGCCCGAGCUACAGUGAGAGUGCCUCAUCAGAACGAUCUCCCGAGACGCCGGACAGCAUCAAGAAAGCAUUAUCGGUCGAUAACAUGGAGCCCGGGAUCAAAGGAGCACAGGGCGCACAAGGCUAUCGAGCAGCUGAAGCCUACGUCCGUCCCGUACCUGUUGCAGUCCAUGGCACUAUUGAUGCGUAUGGCUUCGACCUCAAAACGUGCACAUUCACUCUGGAUCUGACGUCCCCGUCGUCGACACCUCCCGAUUACCCGACCGAAGUCUUUCUGCCCGAAUUCCACUUUCCGCAAGGCAGUCCGGCGCGCACUAGCGUGGAGACGAGUGGCGGGAAGUGGGAGAUGAGGAUUGUCGAGGACGUGGACGGUGCCAGGCAACAGGUGUUUAAGUGGUGGCAUGGCGAAGGCGAACAGAAGCUGAAAGUGACGGGGGUGAAGCGGGCGAGAGGCAAGAUUGAGGGUGUCACGAAAGAUGCACCGGAAGAUUCUUACUUGCAAGCAUACUGGGAAAUGGGCAAGAAUUGUAGUGUAAUGUGAAGAAGAGGACAAGGAGACAUAUAUGGCAUGCCCUUCCAGAUGGGCUGUGAAGAAUCAGUCACCCCGAAUGGCGGAGGCUAGUAUUUACGAUUUUACAAUGAUAACGAUACACACGCUCUGUACGAUGCACAAGGAUACGAAGCAGAUGCCUUUACUGAAUAGAAAAGAAUAGGGAGACGACGGGACUUUAGGGGAGGGGGAAGCCUGGAAGGGUUGUUGGUUGUUGGUCUUGGCAUGUACCAGUUCUAUUUGAGCUAGCGUAGAACUAGUCACCUUACAUAAU